GAAUCUAUCUACCGACCUCGGGGAAACGGGCUUUGAGCUGUGGUCAAUGUAAUCCCGUUAAGUUAUUGAUAGGCCUAAUUUUGGUGUUUCGAAUCCCUGAUUCAAUUGAGCCCAAAAGAAAAAGACCCAAACAAAGAAUGAAAGAAACAACGCCGUUUUAGUUUACAAUUCAAAAAUUUUCGGUGCCCUUCGCGUAGCGGCGAUACAAAGCGGUUCAAUCUCUCCUACUCCGCUCUCUCUCUCCCCCUCUCUCUCAUAAGCGAGGUUUUCUUACAGCUAUUAGGUUUCAGCUCCGGAACACAUCUCCUCCCCCGCACUGAAGGCAUUGAGGAAAGCACAGUUUCUAUUGGGGACCCAAAAAGGAAGUUAAUUUUAAGAGUAUAAAACUAUAUAAGAGGAUUCAAAAGCAAAAGAAAAUGGGGAAGAAGGCCAGGAAAGGAAAUGGUGGUGUUGAUGGGGAUGGUUAUAACAAAAAUGUAUUGAGGCAGGCGAGUGAUGGGAUUGGAAAAUUUAAGAAAUCUUACAAGCAUCGCAAGAAUUCGGAUUCACAAACACCGGUCAUCAGGAAACAAGUUGAGCCCGAAACAGCAAAAUACUUUUCAGAGAUUGCAAGUCUUUUUGAAAGUCAAGGGGUGGAUGUGGAGGAACGAGCGGUUAUAUGUGGUAAUGCUCUUGAAGAAGCUAGGGGGAAGGAAUUCGAACUAGCGACGGAUUAUAUCAUAAGCCAUACUCUUCAGACUCUACUUGAUGGCUGUGAUGUGGACAAUCUUUGCAGUUUCCUUCGAGGCUGUUCAAAUGUCUUUCCUGCUAUUUCAAUGGACAGAUCUGGUUCUCAUGUAGCUGAGACAGCUCUUAAGUCAUUGGCCAGGCAUGUUCAGGAUACAGAGGCCUACAACGUAAUUGAAGAGACUCUGAGAAUGAUGUGUGAGAUGAUUGUAGUCAAUCCUGAUGAUUUAAUGUGUAAUUGCUAUGGAUCUCACGUUCUUCGAAGCCUUCUUUGUCUUUGUAAAGGAGUACCACUGGACUCCUCAGAGUUUCAUGGAGCAAAGGCAUCAAAAACUCUAGCAAAGCGGUUAAAUUUCAAAGUAUCUCCAUUGGACGGGAAUGAUUCCCAGCACCUUCAGCAAGGAUUUCCAAAUUUAUUAAAAUUCCUUGUAUCAGGGAUGAUAAACUCUACAAGAGCAGACAUUAAGACCCUACAAGUUGAUCAGUAUAGCAGUUUGGUUCUGCAGACAGCUUUGAAGUUAUUAGCGGGGGAUGAUCAAGAAUUACUGCAAAUAAUUCCAGUUCUGCUUGGCUGCAACAAACAAAAUUUGGUGGAAGGAGAGUUCAUUGACAUGACCAUUGCUGGUGAAGCUUUAGAAUCAAUGAAAGAAACUGCAUUUAGCCACUUAAUGGAAGUAAUUCUGGAGGUCGCACCUGAAAGCCUGUAUAAUGAAAUGUUCACAAAGCUUUUCAAGAAUUCAUUGUUUAAGCUUUCAUCCCAUUAUUGUGGAAACUUUGUCAUUCAAGCAUUAAUUUCUCAUGCAAGAACAAAAGAUCAAAUGGAGUUGAUCUGGGAAGAGCUUGGAUUGAACUUUGGGGAUCUUCUUGGAAUGGGGAGGUCAGGAGUUAUUGCUUCUCUCAUUGCUGCAUGUCAAAGGCUUCAAACUCAUGAAUAUAAGUGUUGUCAGGCACUUGCUGCCGCUUUUGGUUCAAAAAAUGAGACUUCAAAGUUUAUUGUCCCUCGAAUACUGUUUCUUGACAGUUACUUCAGCUGUGAAGACAAGUCUAGUUGGAGCUGGGCAGGUGGAGUUAAGAUGCAAGUCAUGGGUUCUUUAAUUCUGCAGGCUAUUUUUAAAUUCCGAAGUGAGUGGAUACAGCCUUAUCUUUUGAGUAUUGCAUCCAUGGCAGCUGAGCAUGUCCUCGAGACAGCUAAAGAUGCUGGAGGAGCGUGUGUCAUUGACGCAUUUCUUGCUUCAGAUGCUUCCGCUAAACAGAAGCGCAGAUUAGUUGUGAAGCUACGUGGACAUUUUGGGGAGCUUGCAAUGCACCCAUCCGGUUCAUUUACUGUUGAAAGGUGCUUCGAUGCUGGUAGCCUGUCAAUAAGGGAAGCCAUAGCAUGUGAAUUGUUAGCUGUACGAACUGAACUCUCCAAGACAAAACAAGGCCCUCAUCUCCUUAGGAAAUUAGAUAUCGAUAGAUAUGCUACCAAACCUGAUCAGUGGAGAUCAAAACAAGCAUCAAAACAAUCAGCUUACAAUGAAUUCUAUGUUGCAUUUGGCACUAGUGAGUCACCAACAAAGAAUAAAUUCCUUUGUGAUGCUUCUAUGGACAUAUCAGAGCCCAAGGAAUUGAACACAAGGAAAGAGAUAGACAGUUCUCUCAAUUCCAUUUCCAUGGUUGAUGAUACCUUGGCGGAGAAAAAAAAGAAAAGGAAGAAGAGAAAAAGAGAUGUGGGGUCUGAAGAUGGACUUGGUUCUAAGAAGGUGAUGGAAAAUGCAGUGAAAAAUUUUCUCUCUUCUGGCAGCAUAGAUAAGAAACGACGCGGAGCUUCGAAGCAUAAACUGAAAUUUUGAAAUUGCGGAUAAUCUGCAUUUUGCUGAAAUUUUAUGAUAGGAUUUGAAGUGCUUGGAGGCAUUCUCCGGAAGCUCGAAUCGACCUGGUUCUGAGGAAUUUUCUUGUCGGCUUGCAAAUCUCCAAGAGCUUGGGAGGAUGAACCCUUGCUUGACAAUGAUGAAGAAUGAGGCUGUCGAAUGGGACGAGCUUCAGCUUGACCUCUAUUAACCCAAGUAGAUAGAAGCAGAAGAGUAAGAACUGUUAGUGCUAGAGUGAGUGCCUUCAUGAUUGUGCUAAUUGUUAAGAAUUUAUGUUGCUUAAUGAGUGAAAAUGAUUGAGACUGGAUUGUUUGAUCUUGGGUUCCGUCCCAAACUUGCUACUUGUAAAAACACUGAUUUGGGAUCUGCUCCCAAAGUGAGAUCAUGUGCUCUACUUCGACUGUUA